UGGUGGAAGCUCAGUUUGAAUCUUCUUUGCCUUUCACGUUUGUUGUCGAAUCCAGACAUCCUUCCGCAAGAUGAGCGCUCUCAAAAUGAUGAUCUCCAUCGCUUUCGGUCUCUUUGCGUUACUCGUGGUCAUCCAUGCCGCAGACAAAGAUUUGUUGUUAAAAGGACUGAUGAGUGAUUUGGUACAGAAACCAAUAUUUUAUGUCGGCGAAAUGAGAAAUACUGAUCGUGCACUUGGAGAUCCUUGCCAAUUCAGCUUUGACUGCAGCAGUGGUUGUUGUCUUCAAGAGAAGAGUGGCAAGAGGAGGUGCGCAAGGAAAAUGAAAAAGGAGGAACGAUGCUCCGUUAGCCAAGUCAAAUUGGAUCUGUAUAUGGACUAUUGUCCUUGUGAGAAGGGGAAUAAAUAUUGUUCGGAUGAUCCAGAGCCGAGAUGCACAGCCUGACAGUAACAAUCAAAGUGUACAUCAUUCAUUUAAUGUAGCGUUCCAAUUUAAUUUAUAAAUUUGUCUCCGAUUUUGCGAUAUAUUUUUGUUUCAUCUUUUUCAACGCACCAUCUUUCUAUCAUUAUAUUGUACUUUACACAUUGAGAUCGUUUCAAAUUAUGUAUGCAUUUAUGAACACGAAGUUUGUUGUUUAAUAAAAACUGAA